AUCUCGAAUAUUGUAAGUUGUCUGCCAUUAUUGGCUUUAGAUUGUUUUGGCUGACGAGGAGUUGGAAAAAGGAAAAAAACAUCACAUGGCCAGAUGAAAAUCGCCUUUGGAACAAGAGAAAAUUUGGCAUAGCUGCAACUAUAAAAACUGCUUUGGAUCAUAUUCAUUCGCUAUAAUAUACUUUAAAAAGAAAAAUCAAAGGCCCAAAAUGCGGUAUCAGAGACUGCAUAAUUGCUGUAGCAAGAGACCUGUCAAGAGAGGUCUUUGGUCCCCUGAUGAAGAUUUGAAACUCACCAGAUAUAUCCGUGGUCAUGGAGCAGGCAACUGGCCUUCUCUUCCUGACAGAGCUGGAUUGGAGCGUUGUGGCAAGAGUUGCAGGCUCAGGUGGAUGAAUUACCUGAGGCCAGGUAUCAAACGAGGGGAAUUCUCUGUGGAGGAAGAGAACACCAUCAUCUUCCUUCAUACUCUGUUGGAUAACAGAUGGGCUCAGAUUGCUAGGCACUUGCCAGGAAGGACAGACAGUGAAAUCAAGAACUACUGGCACAGCCGCCUUAAGAAAAAGGAGGCUUUUGCUUCAACUUCUACUCAUGAUGCUUCCAACUCUUUCACACCCUCAAGUGAUGUAGAUGUGCAGUACUACUUGCCUCCUGCCGCCAUUGAUGACAGCAUUGCUUCUUUUCAGCUUUCCACUAAUGACCUCCAGUGCUGUGUUGAGUGGAUGGAUUCACUGCAACACCAAUUAUCACAAGAUAAUGUCAUUUUCUUGGAAACAUACCCCAGAUUGCAGGCCUCAUCAUAUGACACUCUGCUCUAUAACGAAGAUCCCAACAUUCCAGAUGCCAUGGCUCAUUCAAUCAUUAUAAACCAGUUGGAUGCCUCCAGUUGAUGGGAACUUUCGGUAGAGCAGUGAACCACUUCAAUGUUUCAGAAGUGAAAAAUUAUGGCGUGCACAAGUAUUAAAUGAAAAUCCCACUAUAUUCAUUACAUCUCAUCUUUUAGAAGAGCAUAUGACUGUUAUAUUAUCUCUUUUACAAAUGUAUGGCUGUAUUCUAUCAUCUCUUAUACAAAUAUAUGAUUAUGUUGUAUCAUUUCUUAUACCAACAUGCAUAAAUAAGACUGUAUUAUAUCA